AUGGAGGUCGGCGGACCACGGUUAGCAAAUUUUUGUUACCGAUUUGCACCUCCUUGCAGUGGAGACAUCGCUCACGGAGAUUCCAUCGUCCUCGGUGAUGUUUUCGUCGAAUUUCGAUCUAAGUCACAAGGUGAUCCUUCUUUGUCAUCUUCUCUAGAAGUUGAGAAGUUCUACCUUCUUUUCUAAAAACUUUCGCUGUUAUCUUAUCUUCAUCUUUCAACAAGACUGCAGACGAAAUCGACCGGACUGUCCAUUACCUGAAACUGCUCUCGACACAGAAGCUGUACAAGCUGAGCAGGACGUGCGUGGGCCGUGAAAGACUUCUUGUCGCCAAGUUCUUCGAAAAGCUUAGCCAUUACGACACCUAUUGA